AUGAGCGACAACGAACACCGCAUACGCCUCGUUCUACUCGGCGGCGCUGGCGUCGGCAAGAGCUCCAUCAUUAGCCGUUUCCUCUACAACAAAUACACGGAAAAGUACAAAAGCACAGUGGAGGAUCUGUACAACCGCGACUACGAGAUCGGGCAGAUCACCCUCAAAGUCGACAUCCUGGACACGGCUGGAGACUUCCAAUUUCCCGCCAUGCGAAGACUCUCCAUCGCAAACGCACACGCCUUCCUCAUUGUUUACUCGAUAAGUAGUUCCCAAUCGUUCGAAACCGUCCGCCAGUGCAUUGAGGAGAUCAAGGAGCAGCGCGUUGACUUCGAGGACAUUCCUAUUGUCAUUGCAGGCAACAAGAUGGACCUCGAGGUGGAGCGGCAAGUCUUCAAGGAGGACGUGACGGAAUGGAUCUACAGAGAGCUACAGAGAUUCAGGUGUCGCGUCAUAGAGUGCUCAGCCAAGGAGAACCUGCACAUCAAGGACAUCUUCCGGACCUUCCUGCAGAUCGGAAAGGUCCCCCAGAGCGAGGAACCGAGUCUCAAGCGCCAGUCGUCGGCCUACACAAAGAGCCGGAGUCAGAGGAGGAGCCAGACGCCUCCGAGGGAACGGGAGAGCAGCAUCCCGGAGGUGUGGAGCCCCGGAGCGAACACAGGGCAUCCUCAGCCCCGGGAGAUAAAUCGUCUCCUUGCAGUUGUCUGUCGAGACCUUUUUCAAACUUCUUUUCGCAUGAGAGUGAUCGUCAAGUACAUAUUCCAAACCUUGAAGCUGAAUGCAACUGAUAUUAAAAGAUGUUGGGAAAAACAAGUAUAA